GGAACAAAUACAAUUUAAUCCAUUUUAGAAUAAGGCUGUAACGCAACAAAAUAUGGAAAAAGUCAAGGGAUCUGAAUACUUUCCAAAUGCGCUGUAUAUGUCACGUGUUGUGCGGGCACAAUCUUACAAUGUUACAGUCCAGAAAUGAGAGCUUUACCAUCUAUGCCAAAAGCCCGGGCCUUUGAUGGAGACUGUAGAACUGUCAUCAACACAUGCUUCAGUAUUCUCCCUUCUAUCUAGGAUAAUUUGUGUGCUCAGGCCACAUGAGUAAAAUAAAUGAUCACGACAAAGGAAUGUAGUUUGUGAGCUAGAAAAUGAACAUCCUAGCAGUCUGAGUCAGGUUGCUCUCCAAGAAUCUUACUCUAGCUAUCGACAGGGAUAAUGUGGCAUUUCUUAUUUGUAAGUAUGAAUGAAAUUAGUGGGUCCUGCCUUGAUGACUGUAUUCCCUUUACACUACUUAACAUAUAGAUUUGUUUUUUUUGUCUGAAAUUAUUACUUGGAUUAAAUUGAUAGCUAAAACACAGCUUUAAAAUCACUAGCUAUCUGCUCCUGCUAACUAGCAACUGAUCUACUUGUUGUACCUAGCUAGCUAACUAACAAGCUAGCUACAUUACUAAGGCUAAUGCAUUUUAAGUUGGGAGUCAUUUUACAGCUAAAUAGUUAGAUUACAAUUAAAUAAAGACUCUCUCGAGCUGUUACCAGCUGUGUUUAGUACCUUAGAUACAGAGAAUGUGAUUGGCAGAUGUGAUCAGCAGAGAUGGUAUCUGGAUAGUGAACAAGUUUUGAUUGGUUUACAGUUUAGUAGUCGGCAGCAUUUGGCUGUCCAGCUAGUGAACAUAAAAGUAUUUAGAACAAAUGUGCAAGAAUUGACAUUGCCAACAAAUGGAAAUGUAUUCAGAAGGAACAUACACUAUCUAAAAACCAGCUCCUCUCUUGACAUUUUGAAACUAAAGCAAAUGGCUUGCUUCAGUCUCACCAUCAAGUACAUGUAAUGAUUACACUUUUUUUUUAAACUGUAAUAAUUUAUGUUACCAGCUAAAUUAUUGUAAUCAUUACUUCUUGUAUUACUUUUAAAUCCAGGAAGGAUGUUUGUGAAGAAAAUACCUUUUCUGUUUUCCUGAAUGUUUUUCAAUUCAGCAUGAAAAAAAGGCACACGUUUUUUAAGUUCGUUCCACUUGAGCAAGUCUGAUCCACCAGUCCGAGACCACUAUUUAGACUCAUGGAUCCUUUGGUCUUUUUCUAAAGGCUCUUAAGGGAAAGGUAAUCUGAAAGUAAUUAGAUUGGUAUGGAGUUUGGGUAAUCCAAAAAUUCGGUUACUUAUUACAUUUCUAGACAGGUGAAUAGUAACUAACAGAUUACAUUUAGAAAGUAACCCUCUCAACCCUGGUAAGCAGGCUCCAUGAGUAAUGUUAGAUUACACAAUUAUCCCUGCAAUGAUUAUCAAAUAUGUAACACCACCAUGUCAGUGCAUUGAUUAUUAUCUCACCUUCAUCAGUCUGUUUUUGGUCUGUCUGGGCUGUGUUGUUUUGCAGACAGAAAAUGGCAUUUUGUUACCAACUCUUCAGUCAGCUCUUCCCUUCCUGGACCUUCACGGAACUCCUCGGUUGGAGUUUCACCAGUCUGUCUUUGACGAGCUUUGUGACAAGUUGAUGGAGCGAGUCGCCACUAUCGCGGAGGGCAAGGAUGAGGACCGUUAUGGUAAACUUAAAGAGCUGCUGGAGAAGAGCUUUCCGCUGGUGAAGAUGCCUUCCAUUCAGCCAGUGGUCAUGCAGGUGCUGAAGCAUCUUCCAAAGGUACCAGAGAAAAAGCUGAAGCUUGUGAUGGCUGAUAAGGAACUGUAUAAGGUCUGUGCUGUUGAGGUGAAGAGGCAGAUCUGGCAGGAAAACCAGGCUCUCUUCGGAGAUGAGGUCUCGCCCUUGCUCAAGCACUAUAUCGUGGCAAAGGAGGCAGCACUUUUCAGCAGCGAUCUCUCUAUUCUGCACAACUUCUUCAGCCCCUCCCCCAAAGCAAGACGCCAAGGAGAGGUAGUCUUGAAACUGACCCAGAUGAUUGGGAAGAAUGUGAAACUAUAUGACAUGGUGCUCCAGUUUCUGCGAACACUUUUCCUGCGUACUCGUAAUGUCCACUACUGCACCCUGCGUGCAGAGCUGCUCAUGUCCCUCCAUGACCUGGACAUCAGUGAGAUCUGCUCAGUAGACUCCUGCCACAAGUUCACCUGGUGCUUAGAUGCCUGUAUCCGUGAGAAGUUUGUGGAUGCCAAGCGAGCCCGGGAGUUGCAAGGUUUUCUGGAUGGAGUGAAGAAAGGACAGGAGGAAGUACUUGGGGACCUGUCCAUGAUACUGUGUGACCCAUUUUCCAGUAACACCCUGGUUUUGAGUACGGUCCGAAACCUGCAAGAAUUGCUAAGCCAGGAUGCUCUACCCAGAGACAGUCCAGACCUGAUGCUGUUACUCAGAAUGCUGUCUCUUGGACAAGGUGCUUGGGAUAUGAUUGACAGCCAGGUCUUUAAAGAGCCUCGAUUGGAACUGGAAGUUGUGACCCGUUUUCUCCCAGCCAUGUUGUCAGUACUUGUGGACGACUAUACCUUCACUGUAGAGCAGAAACUCCCUAGUGAGGAGAAGACCUCCCUCUCCUACCCCACAGCCCUGCCUGAUAACUUCAACAAGUACCUGCAGGAGAACAGGGUGGCUUGUGAGAUGGGUCUGUACUACGCACUCCACAUUGCCAAGCAGAGGAACAAGAAUGCCUUACAAAGGUUACUUCCUGCAUUGGUGGAGACCUACAACGACAUGGCCUCUGGGGACAUCUUCCUGCACCUCCUGACAGCACACCUCACCUUGCUCUCUGAUGAGUUUGGGAAUGAAGAGUUCUGCUCUGCUGUGUUUGAUGGCUUCCUCCUCAACUCUUUCUCCAGUAAAGACAAUGUCCACAGACACAACCUACGCCUGUUGCUUCACCUUCACCAGAAAGUGCUGCCAUCUUGUGUGGAGACCUUAGUGAAAACCCUGGAACCCUCAAAACAGAGCAGUGACCAGGUAAAGGAGCUGUACACCAAGCUGACAGAGAAACUGGAGGUCCAAAAGAAGAGUCCUCCCCAGCCAGACGAAGCCCCCUCCCUGGACCUCCAUCCUGUUAAAGUGCCUGAGAGAGGAGGUGGUAGGGAGCAGCAAAAGAAGGAAACCAAUUAGUCUGAAAAAAGGAUGCUGAUAUUACAUGUUGAAUUUAGGUUGGCUCAUGAAACCAUAAAAAAAAUGACUAAAUGUAAUUUCCUCUAUGGGUACUAUGGUUAAGGUUUAGUUUGUUUUCUAAUACUUGUUUUAUUAAGAUGUCGUAUUUGAAGCAGUUUUCCAGCUUUAACAAUGUAACUCAGUUGCCAAUGUUUUUCAGUGUGAAUUAUUACUUUUUAAUUUUAGAAAUAUGUAGUCUUGCUUAAUUAUUGUUAUAAGUAUAUUUUCUUAUGUGCUGGAUCUAUAAAGACUGAAUGUCAAUGUGUGUGUGUGUGUAUGUACUGUUUGUAUUGUCAGUGGUGACGCAAGCUUUAAAUAAAUUAAUUUAGAAAUGG